AUAUAGAUAAGAACUAUGUGUAUACGUACAUAAGGCUAGUUUCGCAUUACCACGUACCAGGAAGGAACAACAGUGGCGUAGAUGAUAAAAGUGCAUAUGAUGCAGAUAGCGCCGCACGGCCCGAUGAUAGACGGUACGUGGCGCUGCAUUACGAAUUCAAAUGAAUGCAGCACUUGGAAAGUAAAGUGCAUAAAUUCAACCAAAAUUUGGUAGCAUCGGCCAACAGUUCAGUCAGAAGACGCAUAUGUUCUGCUUCGACGAAGUUCUCUACUAUGAGGUAAUGAAGUAUCCCGGCAAUUAAUUCAUUGGGUUAAUUAUCGUGAAGUCAUUUUACCAUGGAGCAAUGUUUUUGUGAAAGUGAACACAGUAUUGAAAGCGAAACAUUACUUGGUAUAGAAACCUACUGAUCAAAUUAAAACGGAAGAGAUAAUUGUUAUAAGAUAUUUCGCGUCUUUGCCAAAUUCAGCGAUCAAGGAACUUCGCGAAAAAUAUGAUGGAUACGGAGAUGAUUGGAUCUUCAUGCCAGAUGGAAAUGGUCAACCACAAGUUGCCGUUUUAAAGGGAUAUGUGCCAGAGGCUCGUUUUUUUGACGAGGAUCGAAUUACCUACUUCCUUUAUACACGAGACAAUCCCAAAAAUGGUACGAAAAUUAAAAUCAAUGAUAAGGAAUCUUUAAAGAAGUCACAAUUUUCUCCCUCGCGUCAAACAAAGUUCAUCACUCAUGGCUGGAAAUCCAGUGCGUCUAGUACUGGUUUUCUAAAUAUGAAAGACGCGUGGUUGGCUCAGGGUGAGUACAACGUCUUCUUGGUUGAUUGGGAACCCCUGGCUGCUAGCACAUUUUAUCUAGGACCGAUGGCGAACACCGGACGAGUUGGAAAAGACGCGGCCACUUUUAUUGACUUCUUGGUCCACGAGACUGGGAUGAAAACAGAGGACGUUCAUUUCAUUGGGCAUUCCCUGGGAGCGCACGUUGCCGGAAACACAGGACAUCAAACAACUUCUGGUCGUCUUGGUCGCAUCUCAGGAUUGGAUCCUGCAUUGCCGGGUAUUCAUAUAUUCUCAACUUUGGAAACUCGAUUGGACCCGUCUGACGCUAAAUUUGUUGACAUCAUUCAUUCCUGCGGUGGAGUUUUGGGCUACUUUCAACCCUUAGGUCAUGCAGACUUCUAUCCAAAUGGAGGAAUGGCGGUGCAGCCUGGAUGUUGCUGCCUUCCAGAGCUGUUGGAGGCCUGCAGCCAUGGAAGAUCUUACGAGUAUUUUACCGAGAGUAUAAUGAUGAAAACGGGAUUUCCGGCCACAAGAUGUUCCGAUUGGGACCAUUACAUGGGCAAAAAAUGCUCUGAUUCUGAUGUCGCCUAUAUGGGAGCUUACACCGAUCCUUCUACGAACGGCUCUUACUUUUUGCAAACUAGACACCAGAAGCCUUAUGGUUAUGCUGCCGAAGUAACUCAAAAUGAAGUUUGAUCCAUAGUUAUGCGAAGUAUCCCGAAGCUAAUGCUUGUCUAGUCUGGACGGAGUAUAACACGUAACACUGCAACAAAUCAGUCGUUUUAAAUGUUAUACUUGUAUCACGUCAUGUGUUUUCUUGCUGGAAAUUUCAUGCGUAUGUGUAAUACGGUUGUAAUCAAUAAAUAUCGCUAACCCACAAAUAAAGUGGUCAGAGGAUUAUUAAUGAAAACUUCGUCAUUAUGUAAAUUAAUGUUCUGUUAAUUUUAUUUUUUUUUAUUUAUUUUUUUCUCGCGAUUCUUUUUUGUUUAUCAAUAGUCGAUACAUUUCCCAUAAUAUUCUUACAUUACUGUACAAUAAAAGAAUGCACCAUUCUUCAUACUUCAAUAUUAAUUCACAAAUUUUACAAGAUCGACGUAAGUAUUACAUCAUCGACGAGAACAAUUUGAGAAAUUUUUGAUUUUAAUAAAUAAUAGUUACAAUACUCAACAGAUACGUAAGGUACAAUAGACUAUAAGCUAAAGAGGAUUGAGGGCAAUCAUUUUAAUCAAAUGUCAUUAUGGAUAAUCACUAAUAUUCUGUUAUUUGA